AUGGGUAACUGUUUUUCAACAUCUCAGAGGUGCUGUGGUCUUUGCUAUUUUGUUCUCGAUGAAGAAUCGGCACUUUUGAAAGAACCAUUUGUGCAAAGACUUUACACUUGGCGCGAGUCAUCCCAUAUUCACGAUGAAGAACGAACAGAAUCUCUGGACGAGCAAUUGCCGUUUCCACUUCCUGAAGCCUGGCAUGAGUUUCUUAGAAUCGAGAUUCGGACAAAACUUGAGAUAUUCCACGCAUCUCGCGAGCGGGGUUGUCGCGGCUGCGAUGCUCUUGUAAAGGCUAUGGAGUCAGCGUGCCAAGACGACGGUGUGGUUUUGGACGGUAAAUCAUGGGCGGAAGAUGUGCGAGUAACUUGGACAAUGCCUUCAAGACAGGAUAAAGGUUUAAGUAAUCUCAAGCUAGAGGUGACUGUGAAUGUUGGCAAUCGAGAGGCUCAUAGCAGCGGCACAGAGGAUUACCGUCUUUGGACGAUCCUAAUCGACGUUGACAGAAUGGAUGGGCAUGAGAAGGAACAAGGUGAUCAUGUAUUUGCAUAUAAAUCUUCAGUCUUGUUUAACAACACUGGAGCAGAAACAUCUUUGAGCAGAAUCAGCAAUUGGCUAAAUGAGUGCAGCUCAUUGCAUGACUCUUGCACAUCUGCUUCGGUCGCACAACUGCCCAAACGAGUACUAGAAAUGACGCCGGAUUCGCAAAAUAACAUCAAUGUUCGGUUGGUUGAAGAUUUAGGUGGGCAUGAGAAAUACACGACGAUUGAGAGCCUGUCUGCGCACCUCGACUCAAUACCCUGGAAUCGCUUACCCAAGACUUUCCAAGAUGCCGCCAAAGUUGCCGUUUGGCUUGGGAUCAAAUACUUAUGGAUCGAUUCGCUAUGUAUCAUUCAAGACAGCAGCGACGAUUGGAAGGAUCAGGCAGCCCAAAUGUGUGAGAUUUACUCUGGCGCGUACGUUACCCUCGCAGCGGCAUGGUCUGCUGAUAGCGAUGUCGGUCUGUUUCGUGAAAGCGCGUCUUUCAAAGUCCAACCUGCAACGCAUCUCGGGCCUCAAGCUGCAUCUUAUCUUAUUCGCAGAGUCCCAGAACACACGACUUGGGAUGUUGCUGGCGUGCUACAGAUGACACCAGAGCUGCCUCUUCUCAGCAGAGCGUGGGUCUACCAAGAGCGUCUUUUGUCCCCAAGAAUCGUCUAUUUUACAAGAUAUGAAGUCGCAUUUGAAUGCGCGGGCGGCAAGAGGGACAAAAUCUGCGAGUGCGAACAUAUUCCAGGAGGACUAUGGGGAGGCGGCAGUAAUGGCGCAGGUGGUGGAAGCGGCGAACAUACCAAUGAUCGCAAGGUGUACCACUUUGAGGGCCUCCGCGCAUCGAAUCUCGCCGAAAUCAGGAAGUACUGGCACCAGAUUGUGGCAGAAUAUUCUGGACUGCGCAUCUCGUUUACAUCAGAUCGUCUACCUGCUCUGUCUGGUGUCGCGCGGCAGUACGGAACAGCUCACUCAGCCGAUCUUGGCCGAUAUGUCGCAGGAAUGUGGGAAAACUGUUUUCCUUCUGAGCUACUAUGGUACUGUGCAUCUCGGAAUAUUCACGAUCGCCCGGAUUCUUAUUGCGGCCCAACGUGGUCUUGGAUUUCUACUGGAAACAUUGCGAGUUACGCGACGGGCUGCCCCAGAACGUAUCCGGACGAUCUGGAGAUUCUCAAUAUCAACUUUAAUCUCGAUGGCCUAGAUAAAUAUGCGAGCAUUUCCGAGGCUACCAUGGAACUUAGAGGCCAUCUUGCUCCUGGAACGUUAGUCGAGGUGCAUAACGCUCAUUCAAACACAACGAGUAUACACUUCAAAGGCGUGAGUGGGAACUCUCUGACCUUCCAUUACGAUUAUCCUCUGGAUCAACCAGGUCCUCGACAUAUUCCAUUCGGAAGUCAGAUAUACUUGAAUAUCGGUGAGAAUGUCUAUGAGAGGAUCGGUCUCGCGACGAAUGUGAGUAGAUCCGAUCUUGAUAGCUGGUUCAUUGACUUUGGAAAUAAGCAAACAGUCAAGCUUUUGUGA